AUGGCUGUUACGAUUGUCCAGAAACUGGAGCUUUAUCUCGCCAUCACUACAAGAUCAAGGUGCCAGCCGUCGUCGAGAGAACACGAAUUCUCUGGUAUCUCGAAGAAUGGUGUGCCUUAUUCGGCAUAUAGGCACUAUGAUGACCGCACUUCCGCUGUCAUCACCGUUGCUGUCAACGUGCCUUCCGAGCCCACUGAAGAUGCUGACUUGUACUUCCACCUUGAAGCAUCAAAUAUCCAGGACUGGAUGGCCAUAGGGAUCGGCAGUUCAAUGCGGGACUCCGCAUUGACAUUCGUUGCAUACCAGGACAGCAAAGGAUUGACCAUGACUGUCAGUCCCCGUCUUGCAACAAGUCACGUAGAGCCGGAGCGUGAGCCGGUCGAAAACGUCACUGUUCACGUUCUGGAUGGCAGUGGCGUGCAAGGGGGUGUGAUAACCGCCGAUUGGAAGUGUGCGAACUGUCGGUCUUGGGUUGGCAACUCAAUUGACAUCAAGGCGAACCGGCAGCCGAUGAUCAUAGCUGCCAGGAGUAGUGGUCAUCCGGUGUAUAGCGACGAUAUGGAAGAGCCGAUAUCCAUACAUACGACGUUCGGUGCUUUCGAGUUGGACCUUGUUGCUGCGACUGGCAUCGCUGGAGCACCUCAUCCUCCCAAAGCAGCAGCAAAUGAUUUACCAUCCAAAUCGGACGAGCCCAAGGUUGAAAAGAAUCACCGACUUCCGUCGUACUCUUCCGGCCCUGCACAUGGCUUGCUGAUGCUGACUGCUUUUGCUGCUCUAUAUCCCCUGGGCAUUGUCUGGCUUCGACUUCUGGAGAAUGUGAGACUUCACGCUCUGACGAAUACCACUGCAACUAUUUUGGUCCUUGGGUCCACAGGACUAGGUAUUCGAAUGUCCUACAGUGGAAACUUCAUGACAAACUUCAAGUCUACACACCAGCUGCUCGGCCUUUCCAUUGCUGUUGCGAUUCUCGCUCAGCUAAUUAUCGGCUUCAUUCACCAUCUUUUCAUAUACCCCAGAACCAGGCAGUCAAGCCGACUCAGUCGACUUCACAUCUUCCUUGGUCCCGUCUCCAUAGUAUUUGGAUGUGUGAACGGGUUCCUUGGUUUCAGGUUCGCGAAUAAGUCGCUCACCAUUGUGUUCUGGUAUGUAGUCUUGAUUAUAGCAGUGUAUGGUGGUGUGGCCGGCACUUUAUUGUGGUCGAGGACACAAGCUUCAGGCUCGUUCUCUCCGAGACUUGGAUUUCACGGUUUGACUUUGGGACCGAGUCGCCUAAAAAAUGGAGACCUCGGGCAUUACAAUGGAGCCAGAGGUGAUGCAACCGCUGAGGAGAGUGCAAUUCCACUCAUGACAGCAAAAGAAAGAGAUAGACAAGCUGACAAUGUCCUCAACGCUUAG